ACGCAGCUGGUGUUAUGAUUCCGCCAGGGACACCCGUGACUCUCUCCGCACAUUCGGUGCUACCGCAGAACGUCCCACCUUCCCUUAUACCGACGUCAGAGUCCAGCAUGUCGAUUGGGGGGAUAAAGCGAGACAGUGAGUUCUACUUUGAAGAUGCCAUAUUCUGUGUGGAGAAUACGCUCGUCCGGGUUCCGUACCAAACCGUAUCAGAACAUUCUCACAAGCUUUUGAAGCCUUUCGCGGACGUGUCUCCGCACGGCGCGAGCGCGAUGGCCGCCCCGGACGAUCAGCCCAUCAACCUCGAUGUGUCAGUUGAGGAAUUCAGGCAGCUUUUGAAAGUUCUUUUCGCGUACAGGGCAUCAAAAGAUGUGGAAGGAAAACUACCUCGAAGCGUAGAAGAAUGGACAUCUGUUUUGAAGCUGUCCGACAUGUGGGACAUGAAUGUCAUCCGCACGUUCGCCAUUCAGCGCGUGUCGGGUCUAAAGAUGGACCCCGUUGAGAAAGCAAGACUGGCAAUCAAGUAUAAAGUCAGCGAGUGGUUAAAGGAAGCUGUCAAUGAUCUUGCAAAGCGAUACAAUCCAAUGACGGAGAGAGAAGUAGAGAAGCUGGGGGUGAAAGUUGUUCUGAAGAUUGCUGAAGUGCGUGAACGAUUAGUUGCGGUGUCAAGUCCUUGGCCGGGUACGAACCGCGGGGUUUUCGGUCAUACUACGGCAACACUCUCCGUUGGCAGGCGCACAGCAGGUCACCUAGAUUUCAGCACGGAGAUCGAGUGUGUGUUUGGUGACUUAUCCGAAUUAGGAUUCCCGGGACCCGAGAAGAAGAAGAAGAAGAGUAAGAAGAGCAAGCACAUGAAGCAACACGACGAGUAGCUAUGUACCUUGAUAGGAGCCGAUAGUAUACGCGAAUCAUAUGAAACCC